AACUCUUUAGCCGUGAAAAAUCAUGAAACAAUUUGGUGCUCCAAACUCACCUGUGCAAGUAAGUAUAAGAGUGAGACUGGAUGCAAAACGCCCCUUCCCGCCGGUUGGAGUGCGACCAAGCCAAGCAUGCGCCCGUACAUCCCCAAGGCCACCUUCGCGUUCUGCCACUCCCUCCUCGCCUCCCGCCUCCUCCCCUCCGCCGCCGCGGCGCAGCCGCUCCUCCCCGUGCAGGCCCUCCUCACCACCGCCGGCCUCCUUCCGCGCCACCCGGACCUCUCCAUCAUCGCAAUCAACUCCCUCCUCCGCGCCAUCUCCCGCCGCGCCGCCUCCCCGUCCCACCCGCGCCUCGCGCUCCGCCUCCUCCGCCUCAUGCUCUCCCCCGCCUCGCCUCUCCCCGCCCCGGACCACCUCUCCUUCCCCUUCGCGCUCUCCGCCGCCGCCGCGCUAGCUCACGACGCCGCCCCGGACUCCCCCGGGGCGCAGCUCCAUGCGCUGCUCCUCAAGAACGCGCUCUUCCCCUGCGACCACUACGUCACUACCGCGCUGCUCCAGUUCUACGCGCCCCGCCCGGACAUCGCGCGGAGGGUAUUUGACGAAUUGCCGCUGCGGGAGGCGAUCCACUACGACCUGCUCAUCGGGGCGUACGCGCGCGGGGGGCUACCGGCGGAGGGGCUGGCGGUGUUCAGGGCCAUGUUCGAGGACGGGGUGGCCCCGGACGCGGUCGUGCUCACGACGGCCGUCGCGGCGUGCACGCAGGCCGGCGCGCUGGAGUGCGGGGCGUGGGUGCACCGGUACGUGGAACGGACCGCGCCGGGGCUGCUUGGGGACGCGUUCGUGGGGUCUGCGCUGAUCAGCAUGUACGCCAAGUGCGGGUGCCUGGAGGAGGCUGUGAGGGUGUUCGACGGCAUGCCGGAGCGGAACGAGUACGUCUGGGGUACCAUGGUGGGCGCGUUCGCGGUGCACGGGAUGGCGGGGCAGGCCGUAGCGUGCUUGGAGAGGAUGGCGAGGGAGGACGGGGUGCGCCCGGACGGCGUGGCGGUGCUCGGAGCACUGUCCGCGUGCGCGCACGCCGGGAAGGUCGAGGACGGGCUGCGCCUGCUCAAGGAGAUGCGCCGCCGAUACAGCGUCGCGCCGGGGCACGAACACUACAGCUGCACGGUGGACAUGCUCUGCCGGGUCGGGCGGCUGGAGGACGCCGUGGGGCUGAUCGAAACAAUGCCGAUGACCCCGCUCGCGUCCGUGUGGGGCUCCGUCCUGGCUGGCUGCCGGAGCAACAGCAACGUCGAGCUGGCGGAGGUGGCAGCGCGGGAGCUCGAGAAGCUAGGCGCCGGCCCCGACGAGGGCGUGUACGUCCAGUUGUCCAACAUCUACCUCGAUGCCAACCGGAAGGACGACGCACGGAGGGUGCGGAAGCUGAUCGGCAGCCGGGGGAUCAAGAAGGUCCCUGCUUAUAGCGCCGUGGAGGUCGACGGCGAGGUGACCUCGUUCGUGGCCGACGACCAGGCGCAUCCGCGGCGCUUCGAGAUAUGGGAGGUGCUCCGGCUGCUGGCGGACCAGAUGGGGCGCAAACCAGACGAGGAAGAUGAAGAAACGUCGUUUGCAUUGUUGUAACGACAAGAAAAUAACGAAGAAAAACUGCAGCAAUUUUCCCCAAAAAAAAGUAGGCCUCAGGCGCGGUUUCUCGGCGAC